CGUUCACGACCAUCGCGUCCCCAUCACGCGUCGCGCCACGCCAUUGUCAACUCCUCGUCCACGUCCACGCGCCUCGCCGUCCCAAUGCUAGACAGGCGUGACCCGUGACCCAUGACGGACCUGCUGCACGUGCUUCCUGACUUCGACGCGAGGCCCUUUACCCAUCUGCUGCCCAAGCUCGACAAGGCCCUCAUCACCACAAACGACCUGCUCACCCUCGACGCCGCCGAUGUCGCCAAGCGCUCCCAGUUGCCGGCUGGCGAGCUGAGGAAGCUGACGGAUGCCGUGAUUCCUGCCCUGCACCAGCAGCUGGGCUUCGGCGGGGAAGAAGCGCCUGGGAGUGCCUUUCUCGGGGACGUCGACGACCCAGAGCGUCCAUGGCCCUAUAUAAGCACUUUGGACGAGGGGCUGGACGCGGCGCUGGGCGGCGGUAUUCCGCCUGGAUAUGUGGUUGAAGUCACGGGGGAGAGGUCGGUGCCGGCAAAACGCAGCUCCUCCUCACGCUCCUCCUAGCCGCACAGCUACCCUCCCCCCACGGCCUCUCCAAAUCCGCAGUCUACAUCUCCACCGAAGCCGCCCUCGCCACAACGCGCCUCACCCAACUGCUCACCUCGCACCCACUCCUCGCCUCCCUGCCCGCCUCCUCCCA